UAUCCUCUGUAUAUCAAAGGUGGGAGUCGUGGAAGAUUUGAGGAUGCAAUGUCAUUGCUAAAUAAAAACAUAGCGCAACUUCGAUGGUGGUUUGGUUUAACAACAAACAAAACUGAUAGCACGCUGUUGAAUCUACAAGAUUUGUUGCUGCAUAUAAUUAGUGAACGAAGUGAGAGACUGGCUUGCAAGCAGAAGUUUGUUGGCUCGAAAGUUCAAAUCACUGGUCAGAACGUGAAAAGCGGCAGCGGAAGUGAGAGACUGGCUUGCAAGCAGAAAUUUGUUGGCUCGAAAGUUCAAAUCACUGGUCAGAACGUGAAAAGCGGCAGCGGGUUCGAUAGUUGCUGUUGUUCUGCGAGGAGGAAAAUGGAUUCACAGCCGAAAAAUCGCAUACAGUCAAAAGUGGAUUUUUUAAUCCUCGCGAGGUAUCAGUGCAGCUAUUUCGGAAUCCACGAUGUUUAG